GUUUGUAUUUUUUCCCUCUAAUUAAAUUGACUCUUUAAGAACCAGUUUUAGUUACUAAUUUAUUGAUUUGACUCUCUCUAUUUUUUAAUAAUUAUAUAUGGUAAGAUCAUUACUUUGUGAGUCAAAUAAGUUUCUUAUAUAUAUGAUUCACUCGAAUAUUGAUAUAGUGUGUAAAACAAAAGAUGAUAUCCACCAAAGCAUAUAGCCUCUUCAUUGUCUCCUUAGCCUUAGCCUUUACCUCUUCAUUAUCUUUCACGGCUCCAGUCUUCACCGUAAAGAUAACCAACAACCUUGCACUUGGCUCUAAACCGAUCAUCAUAAGCUGCAUCUCGUCCAAAUUAGAUACUUCGUCUCAGGUGUUAUUUCGAGGUGAGCCUUUUGGGUUGAUGUUUAACACAGACCAAUCAGUUAAAUGGAGUUGCGACAUCUUCUCAUCAUCGGGAGCCAAAAAGACUAGUUUCGUCCUCUUUGAUCUUGAUAGAGACAAAUCAAGAUGCAGACCCGAUGGUUUAUGUCUAUGGCAAAUCAAUCCUGAUGGUUUCUACCUAUAUGUCGCUUCUAUUCAAAAAUACCAAAAGCAAUUCAAUUGGUGAUACACCAGACAAUAUGCAUUGUGUUAUUGUAUCGUUGAUUUUUAUAUAUAAUAAGACUUCUAAAGUAUGUUUGAACUU